CACAUAACAUAGCAGUACACGUAUGUAUAUCGCGAACUGUAUUUGUAUUGUAUAUAGUAAUACAGAAAUUGAAUACACACUGUAAUUAAUACUGUUAGACAAUUGACAGAAAACUGCUGUCAUGGCCUAUCCGAACACAAUGUAUGGAGCAAGUGAUACCCAAGCACAAGUAAACCCAGAAGUACAACAGUGGUUUGCUGCUGUCGAUAGGGAUGGCAGUGGAAGAAUCACAGCUAUGGAAUUAAAAGCUGCAUUAGCAAAUGGACAAGGAGGCACAUUUUCAGAUACUGCUUGUACAUUAAUGAUAGGAAUGUUUGACAAGGAAAAAAGUGGUACAAUAGAUUUGCUUGAAUUCCAAGCUCUUUAUAACUACAUCAAUGCAUGGCUAAGUGUAUUCCGUGGUUUUGACCAUGAUAAUUCUGGAAAUAUACAAGAGAGUGAAUUAAGUGCAGCUUUAACACAAAUGGGAUAUAGAUUAAGUCCAGAGUUUAUUUCAUUCCUUAUAAAAAAAAGUGAUCCUACUGGUCACUCUUCUAUCACUAUUGAUCAAUUUAUUGUAUUGUGCGUCCAAAUUCAGAGAUUCACAGAUGCUUUUCGUGUAAGGGAUACUAAUCAAUCAGGAGAAAUUAGUAUUGGAUUUGAAGAUUUCCUAGGUGUUGCACUUAAUUGUAGUGUAUAA